UUAGCGCCAGUAGGCGGCCAGGCCAGUCGCAGGGCCCGGCAGUUCUGCAGCUGCAAGCAGCUGGUCAUGGCUCAGGAGGCGGCGGCGGCGGCGGCAGCAGCAAACAGGAGCUGGUCCCUUGUGCUGAUCAUCCUGUUCCAUUUGUCCCAAAGAAGUACGGCCUGUGGUAUUUCAACCCACAUAGAAAUAGCACACAGAGCUCUGGAAUUUUUCAGCCAACAAGAUGGUACUAUUAACUACAAAGAGCUGUUAUUAGAACACCAGGAUGCUUAUCAGGCCGGGAGUGUGUUUCCUGAUGCUUUUUACCCUAACAUCUGCAAGGGAGGAAAAUUCCAUGAUGUAUCUGAAGAUACUCACUGGACUCCAUUUCUCAAUGCAAGUAUCCAUUUCAUCCGACAAAAUUAUCCUCUCCCUUGGGAGAAGGAUACUGAGAAAUUGGUGGCUUUCCUGUUUGGCAUUAUGUCACACAUGGUGGCAGAUGUGAGCUGGCAUAGCCUGGGCAUUGAACAAGGAUUCUUGCAGACAAUGGGAGAAAUUGAUUUUCAUGGCUCUUAUAAAGAUGCUCAUCCUAUCGGUGACUUUGGAGGAGAUGUGUUGAGCCAUUUUGAACUUAAUUUUAACUACCUCGGGCGGAGUUGGUAUGUACCUGUCAAAGACCUAAUGGGAAUAUAUAAGCUGCUCUAUGGCAAGGAAGUCAUAACGAAAAAUGCAAUAAUUGACUGUUCGUAUCUUCAGUUCUUAGAAUUGUAUGGUGAGAUGUUGGUUCUUUCCAAGCUUUACCCAAAUUUUGCAAAAAAGUCCCCAUUUUUGGUGGAGCAGUUCCAGGAUUAUUUCCUUGGUGGACUGGAUGACAUGGCAUUUUGGACCACUAACAUGUUUCAUCUAACAAGCUACAUGUUACACAAUGGGACCAGCGACUGUACCCUACCUGAGAAUCCUCUGUUCAUGGCCUGUGGUCCCAAACAUAAUGGCAGCCUUGGAACAAAACUGCCGAAAAAUAAAUGUCAUGCGACUGUAAAUGUAUCCUUAGCUGAACAUCCUAAAGGAAAUAUAAACUACACAGAAAGAGGCGUCUUCUUCAGUGUGGAUUCUUGGGCCCAAGAUUCAGUCUCCUUUCUGUACCUGACUUUCACAAAGAAGAUAAGGAAAGUAUUUGCAAGUGAACAUCCCCACCAACAUAAUUAUGUCUCCAGUCCCAUAGCAUCUUACUUUCUGUCAAUUCCCUAUGUGAAGCUUGGAUGGUCAAUGGUUUCAGCAGACCUUAACCAGGAUGGCCACGAGGAUCUGGUGGUAGGAGCACCAGGUUAUAGCCGAUCAGGCCAUAUACAGGUGGGACGAGUGUAUCUCAUCUACGGCAAUGAUCUGGGUUUGCCUCCUGUAGACUUGGAUUUGGAUAAAGAAGCACAUCUAAUUCUAGAGGGCUUUCAGCCCUCAGGUCGCUUUGGUUCUUCUGUGGCAGUGCUGGACUACAACCAGGAUGGGCUCCCUGACCUGGCAGUGGGAGCCCCCUCGGUGGGAGCUGAGAAACUCACUUAUAAUGGGGCAGUGUAUAUCUUUUUUGGUGCCAGAAAAGGAAAAGUAUCUUCUCAACCAAAUGUCACCAUUUCUUGCCAGGACACGUAUUGUAACCUUGGCUGGACACUCUUGGCAGCAGAUAUUAAUGGGGAUGGUGUUCCUGACCUGGUGGUUGGGUCACCCUAUGCACCCAGUGGAGGGAAGCAGAGAGGAAUUGUGGCUGCAUUCUAUUCCGACCCCAUCCAAAAUGUCAAAGAUCGGCUCAAUGUUGAGGAGGCUGAUUGGAUGGUGAAGGGGGAAGUUGACUAUGCUUGGUUUGGAUAUUCGAUUCAUAGUCUCAGCCUAAAGAACAGAACCCUGUUAUUGGUUGGGAGUCCAACAUGGAAGAAUAUGAGUAGCCUAGGUAACUUGUUCUACAUCCGUGACGAGAAACAGAGCAUUGGAAAGGUCUAUGGCUAUUACCCACCAAGUACCCUAAGUUACUUUACGAUUUCUGGAGAUGAGGCUAUGGGAAAACUGGGCACCUCACUAUCAAGCGGUGUUGUGGAAGUCAAUGGAACCCCAAGACAAGUGCUGCUGGUUGGUGCCCCUACUCGUGAUGACAUGUCUAAAAUGGCAUUCUUGUCCAUGACCCUGCACCAGGGAGGCAGCACUUGGAUAUAUGACUUGACCAAUGAGACAGGGCCCUCUCUGCUUGGCACCUUCAGUGGGGAUCGACGUUUCUCCCGUUUUGGAGGGAUGGCACACUUAAGCGACCUGGACAAUGAUGGAUUCGAUGAGAUCAUCAUAUCAGCCCCUCUGAGGACAGGGGACUUAACAGGUGGGAUGCUUGGUGGAGAGGAUGGUCGUGUUUACAUCUACAAUGGCAAGAAGGCUCCACUUGGUGAUGCUGCAAGCAAAUGCAAAUCCUGGUUUUCUCCAUGUCCUGAAGAAAAGGCCCAGUAUGUAUUGAUUUCUCUUGAAGAAAGUUCAAGAUUUGGGAGCUGUGUGGUCACGGUGAAGUCAAAGACAAAGAAUCAAGUUGUCAUCGCUGCUGGGAGGAGUUCCAUGGGAGCCAGACUGGGUGGGACACUUCACAUCUACAAUCUGGGAGUUGACUAGAGACCUCGUUUCCCUGCCCAUCCUUCCCUUUCUCAUGGAGAGGCCUCUGACACAUGGACGAAGUGGUACCACAAGAGGUGCCACUGAGGAAUCUCAUUUAGGUGGCGCUCCUGGGAAGGCAGGGAGAAGAAAGGAAGUGACAGGCAACUGGGAACUGUGAAACCUUUAAUUACAUGACUCGGCCAUACUAUGAAAUAUCAGAAACUGCUCUUGCACACAUCCCCCUUUUCCAAAUCUGAUUCUUUGUUCCCCUUUGCACCUGAUGUGUCUUCCUUCUCUUCUGAAUUUGGUGUUAGAGAACUCUGGUUCAAAAGCCAGAUCUACCACUAACACUAUGACCUUGAGAAAAUUACUCUCUCUAGGCCUGUUUCCUCUUCUAUAAAAUGAGGGAGGUGGGCAAGGUGGCUUCUAAGGUCUCUUCCAGGCCUAAACUAUGAGCUGAUGACCUGUUGCCAAAUCUAUUUCCUCUUCCCACUUAUCCAUGUAGCCCUUCCCUGUUCCUGGGAUAGUCUAGACCUUACCUAUUUGGCAAGCCUUGAAAAUCUGCUUCUUCCUUUAGGGAAGCUUAAUUGACAAGGAAGGAGUGGGUAUAAAGAGAAAGAGUAGGAGAUAUAAUGAGAAACUGUGGGAGGGUGGUGCAGAAGGGAGUCACAGAAAUUCAAAAUCCCAAGACCAUUUUUUUUUUGUCAGUGUCUUUGAAAUCUUAAGUGGCAUGUGGUAGUGAUACUUACUGGUAUGUAUGUAGCUUGGUGAAUAGGUAACAAGAAAAAAAAUCAAUGUCUGGUUCAGCUGUCUGAAAAAUGGAGCGCAGAUUUCCCCAUUUACUGACAUUUCUGAAUUCUUUUAGUCUGAAUUAUUUUCCAGUGUUUCAAGAGGUCUGUGAUCUAAUUAAUAUGGGCAUUCACUCCAACAAAGUAGAUGAUUAUCUAUUCAUACCUACCCAUCCAGGGCGACUCACGAAUUCAACAGAAUUCUUUUCCUAAGAAUGAAGUUAUCCCCAAGGUCAUAUACAGUGAAAAGCAAAUAUUAAAGCUGAAGCUAAUGAGGCCUCUCUAGAUAUUCUACAAAUUCUGCAGAGGCAGUCAAGGAUGAGAUAAGGCCAAGACCCCAAACUAUCAUCCUUUCAUUCUCUUUGUCUUAGAAGUACCUUAAACAGGCAUAUGGCUUAGUAGACAGGGUUGUCUCAAUAGUAGUGGAGAGUCUUAAUCCAACCAGCACCAUGCUCAGCCAUAUAUGGCAGAAUAUACGGGAGCUAGCCUACGGUGAAGAUUGAAAACGGGAUCACGAGGGGAUCUGGUGUUCCAGGCUCCCUCCCAGCAAAUUGUACUAUCAUAUGUCACAGACUAUAUUUAACAGCCAGUACUGAGAAGUCUUUACACUCACUUUAAAAGUCAUGUCUGACAGUAACUGAGUAAAACUAAAAAAUGACCAACACAGACUUUGCUAAGGAUCAGUCCAUGGCAAUUUGGGGGGGGGGGUGUGGGAAAAAAAGAAAAUAACUUGGAAGAGGUGAUAUGCACAAUCAUAGUACCAGUUGUUCUGUACUACCCAUGGAGAAACUGUGACCCUGGUGAGAUUAUCGCAGAGGUAUUUUGGGUGUCUUCAACACUUCAGGAGUAAGCCAUUAUAAAUGAGGAAUAUUUCUCCUACCAAAGUUCAGGGUGAGAAGAGGUCCCAGGUAGAAACCAGUCUGAGGGUGGGGCUGGUAAAAGUGAAGAGGAAACAAAUAAAAGGCAAAUAAAAGAGAAUAACUCUGUAGGCACAUUUAUGUGUAAUCUUAAGUGACUCCUGACCUUUGGGGGUGGUGGGGAAAAGGGGGGGGGGUGUGACCUCUUUCCUGGAAUAAUAGUUGUCAGCAAGAGACUCCAUAUUAUGUCUCCAUGCAAGAACAACAGAAACAAAAACUAACAUGCUAAACACUACAGAUGUAACUAACUAGAGCUGGCAGUUCAAGAUAAUUACAUUUUUAAACUUCCUUAAACUGCAUCUCAAAUAAAGCAUUACUGAACAGAGAAACUA